UUCCUACUCAUGCACCUGAUUUUGCAUGUAGAGUCUGUUGCCCAUGGGCUUUCAACCCUCCCCCGUUUUUCGAUCUCCUCGUCGAAGCGCGAGGAGACGACGCCCCCCCACCCCAGCCGCCUCCCUCUAAGACAGGGGAUCUGACCAUGUGACCAAUGGCGGUGAAAAAGGUGUCGCAGAAAAAAAAGUUCUCGAUCGAUUCGUACUUUUUUGCCUCAUUUCAGGGAACGUUCGUGGAUUUGACUAACAUACACUCACGCUGAACCGUUGCCAGGUACACAGGACGUAUGAUCUACCGCGGCCUGUGCGAGGUGGAUGACAUACAUGCGGAUGGAAUCUUGGUCGAGAAUAGAUGUACCGUCUCCCUUUGUGGCGACGCAACUGGCAACUUUAUUUGCUACCCUAUCAGUGAAAGGCUUCGGCAAGAGAAGCGUUUCCUGUGCAACUGGGGCCUUUGCGUUUUGAGGGAGCAUCCAGGCGGCGAAGAGAAUUGGACUUCGGAAGCUGGCCUGGAGGAGAUCCGUCAGGAGCUGCAGAACUUCGGCGGCAACAGCUUUGCAGGUCUCACGCCUCUUCAAAUGGCAGAGAGGACCGAGAAAAUCAUCGGAUGGAGCUUAUUCGACCGUGAUCCAUUGAAGUCUUUCGAUUUUGGCAACGUGACCUUGUUGGGUGAUGCUGCACAUCCUUUAUUGCCAUACGGCAGUCAGGGAGCAACCCAGGCCAUCAUGGAUGCGGAAGCCCUGGGUGUCAGCUAUCAGAAUGCCAUGGCGAAUGGCACAGGCAUUCGCGGUUGCGUCAAGGAGUACUCAGAUUUGCGCUGUGAAGUUACUGGAAAGGUCGUCAUUGCAAACAGGGACAUGGGUUCCACUGCAGUACUGCGUGUCACCGCGCUAGAGACAGAGGGGAUGGCCAUGGAAGAGAAGCGCCAGUGGUGUGCUGAGCAUGGUAAGCGUUUGCAUGAUGAGGUCAUCCAGAAGUACAGGGCCUCAAUGCCCAAGAGCGUGCGGUCAGCGCCAGCUGUGCAACGCUGAGAUGCCAAAAAGGUGUGCAGAGAACCCUGCUUGUGUGUGGUUCAUUUCCUU